AGUUGCUGUGGAAACAGUCACCCAUCAUUCACCUGCUCAGAGGGAAACAAAGUGACCUCGGCUGCACCUUUAAUUGCUUCCAUCUGACAGACUUUAAAUGUUUUUACGGGGUGUUUGUGUAUUUUUGUGGUGUAACAGUUGAAUGACAGACAUGUCUGGGACCAAACCACCACGUGGAGAUUUUAGUGACUCUGAUCCAGAGGACAAAGAAGAACUGACAGAGAUGGUGUGUCUGGAGUCAGACCUUCAGGAUGGAAAGAUGAUGGAAGUUGAAGUUGGACAUCAUGCUGUGCUGUUGACCCGCUGUGAAGGCAAAUUCAGUGCCCUUGCCAACCAGUGUUCACAUUAUGGUGCUCCACUCAGCAAAGGGGUUUUGACAGGCAACAAAGUGCGCUGUCCAUGGCACGGGUCCUGCUUUAAUGUCCUUACAGGAGAUCUAGAGGAGUUCCCUGGCAUGGAUGGUUUACCUUGCCACAAGGUCAAAAUUCAAAACAGUAAAGUUUAUGUGUCUGUAAAUAAAAAGGAUCUCAGGCAUCAAAAAAGGAUGAUGUAUAUGGGAGGUGCAGUACCAGGAGUCACUCACACUAUUCUGCUGCUGGGAGGAGGAGCUGCAUCACUGAUCUGUGCUGAGACUCUGCGGCAGAAAAACUUUGGUGGCAGAAUCAUCAUGGUCUCAAGAGACAACUUGUUACCUUAUGACAAAACUCGGCUGAGCAAGGUAAUGAAUGUGGAGAAUGACACUAUCGUGCUGAGGGGGAUGGAGUUUUUCCAUCGUUAUGACAUUGAGGUGUGGCUUGAGAAAAACGCACAGUCUUUGGACACAGAGAAGAAGACGCUCACAUUUGAGGACGGUUCAGUCCAGAACUAUGAUCAGAUCCUUAUUUCAACAGGCUGCAGAGCUAAGUGUCUGGAUUUGCCUGGCAUGAAGUUGGACAAUGUCAAGAUGUUGGAGACACCAGAGGAUGCUCGACAAAUCCAUGCUGCUGGUGUGGGCUCCAAAGUCGUCCUCGUGGGAACUUCUUUUGUUGGAAUGGAAGUUGCAUCUUAUAUGCUAGACAAAGCCUCGAGUAUAACAGUGAUUGGGAGCAGUGAACUGCCAUACCAAAACACACUGGGUCGGGAGGUUGGAAAAAUCACCAUGAUGAUGCUGUCACAGAAAAAUGUCAAAUUCUACAUGAAUGAUAGCGUGAUAGACAUCAAAGGUGUGGAUGGCAAGGUGAAAGAGGUUGUUCUUAAAAGUGGAAAAGUUAUCCCAGCUGAUGUUUUGAUUGUGGGUAUUGGCAGCAUCCCCAACUCAGAGUUCCUUACAGGCACUACAGUUCAGAUGAACUCAAAAAACUUUGUCAUUGUUGACAAGUACAUGCGCACAAAUGUCCCUGAUGUGUUCUGUGCGGGUGACCUGGCCUCCUUCCCACUGAAUAUAGCCAAAAACCAGCUAGUCAACAUCGGACACUGGCAGUUGGCACAAGCACAAGGGAGGAUAGCAGCUCUGAACAUGCUGGGCAAAAAUAUAGAACUCACCUCAGUUCCUUUCUACUGGACCGUCCUACUGGGUAAAACCAUCAGAUAUGCAGGCUAUGGGGAGGGAUACACUGAUCUGGUUAUGAAAGGAAGUUUAGAAGAGAACAAGUUCUUGGCCUUGUACAUCAAGAAUGAUGAGGUCAUAGCAGCGGCAGGCCUUGAUUAUGAUCCAGCUGUGUCUGCAGUCGCUGAGAGGCUGUUUUCAGGAAAAGUCAUCACAAAGAAAGAGGCUCAAUCUGAUGAUCUCAGCUGGCUGCAUUUGUCUUGAUCUUUAUGUCAUCCAUUAAUUCGUUCACAUGCAGCCACAAAGUCCUCCAUCCAUCUUUUAGUCACAACAGUUGUCAGCAGUGACAAGGAGUCAGGGGACAGUGACUAAAAUUCAGAGGAAACAGACUCCACUGAAAGAGUCAAAGCACCAACCACAGUGAGGACUACAGUUUCAUGUUCUGAUGCAGGCUGUGCUGGAAAACUGUGCGCCAUGCAGUCAGGGUCCAUGUGAAAGGGACUCCACAGUGUAUACAACAGAUACCUCAAAUGGAUGCAGCUUUUUGGAUUUGUUUUAACAGUAUUUGUCAUUAUUUUAGUAAUUUUUUAAGUUAACUGGUUUAUGCUCCAGGAGUCUUUCAGUAAAAGUCCAGAGAAAUCACAUG